AUGUCAUCAAUUUAUAUUGAUAAUAUUAAUAAUAAUAGUAAUAAUAAAAUUAUAAAUAUUUAUUUAAUAAAUAAUGAUUGCUUAGUAUGGGAUGUUGGUGAUAUAUUAAUUAUAAGAACUAAAUAUAGGCUAUUAGGUAGUUUAGUUGGUAGUGUUGAAAAUUUACGUAAUUUAUCAACUAUUAAUAGUGUACCACUCAUUCUAUCACCAUAUGAAAUAAGAUUAGGAUUAGAGAAACAAUGGUUUCAAAUAAUAAAUGAAUCAGCUACAUUUCCAACUAUCACCGAUCAUAAUUUAUCAUUAUUCAAAGAAUCACGUCAAACAUACUAUCAAUCAUUAAUGGAUAAAUAUAAAGAACAAAGAUUAAAAAAAGAAAAAGAAUUUAGAAAUAAAUUAAACACAAAUUCAAAUUCAAAUAAAAAUAAAAAUAAAAAUAAAAUACCAUCUUUAGAUACAACUGAUUCAAAUAAUAAUAAUAAUACUAAUAAUGAAGAAAAUAAUAAUAAUAAUAAUAAUAAUAAUAAUAAUAAUAAUAAUAAUAAUAAUAAUAAUAAUAAUAAUAAUAAUAAUAAUAAUAAUAAUAAUAAUAAUAAUAAUAAUUAUAAUAAUAAUAAUAAUAAUAAUAAUAAUAAUAAUAAUAAAGAAGAAAUUAAAGAAGAAAAAGAAGAAAUAAAUGAGAGUAAAAAUAUAUUUGUAAAUUAUGAUAUAAGUAUUUAUUGUUCUACUAAAGAGGCGAUUGAUAAUGAACCAAUUACUAAAACCCUUUGGAGAGAUGGUAGAGAUUAUACUGUAAUGAAUAAAGAUGAAUGGAUAAGAAAUAAUUUUAAUUUUUAUAGUGGUGGUAGUGGUAGUAGUAGUAGUAAUAUUGAUGAAGAAUUAAAUUAUCAGAUAUUUAAAGAUUUAUGGUCACGAGGUUAUUAUUUAUCUGGUGGUUCAAAGUUUGGUGGUACUUUUUUAGCAUAUAAAGGCGAACCAUUCCUAUAUCACGCUACAUUUAUAGUUGUUAUCAAGAGAUCCAAUCAAACUUUUCAAUCCCUUGAUAUCAUAACAACCGCUCGUUUAGCUGUACAUGUUAAUAAGACAACUUUAAUUGCUUCACUAGAUGAAGAAACAAAUAAACCAAUUUACAUAGCAAUUAAUUGGAAAGGUGUAACAUAA